AAGCCUUUUGUAUGAACCUAUGAGAAGCCCAAUCUUUCUUGUGGCACAACUACCAACACCUAUACCUCUUCAUCGACAACAACGGGAAGAAAGUAUUUUUCUACACUUGUUCCAGAUUUAUUACCCGAUUGCAUUUUUUUCCCUUUUCCCCUGUUUUUUUGUUCAUUUGCUUUUCUAGGCCUUUAGACAAAGAACAAAAAAGACAAAAUGAUUGCUUUUUUUACCUUGGUACUGGUGCUUUUUGCAAGCAGUCUACAUGUCGAAGCACAAGAUAGUGAAUCAAGGAUCAAGGUCUACGCCAACAGAGGUGACAAUAUUACUCUGCCCUGCGGACUGGAACGUCUGUCCUCGAUGUUUGGAAACAGAAUCAAGUGGACCAAAAUUGAGGAUGACUCUACAGAAACCGAUGUGCUCAUGUCCAUGGGGUUCCACAAGAAGACCUACGGAAAUUACCAGGACCGUGUUUACCUUUUGGAGACAGAUGACAGUGAUGCUACCUUAGUUAUUACAGACCUAGAUCUGAAAGACUAUGGCACAUACAAGUGUGAGAUCAUCAACGGCAUGAAUGACAAGGUUGUUGAAGUGGACCUUGAAUUGCAAGGGGAAAAUUCACUUUCUUUCACAGGGGUUGUUUUUCCAUACUCUCCUCGACUGGGGCGCUACAACUUCAACUUCCAAGAUGCAGAGACUGCAUGUCUGGAGCAGGACUCUGUGGUCGCCUCGUUUGAGCAGCUCUAUAGCGAAUGGAGAAAUGGUAUGGAUUGGUGCAACGCCGGCUGGCUCAAUGAUGGAACCGUGCAGUAUCCCAUCACCAAACCCAGGGAGCCCUGCGGAGGUGCGAGGACAACAGCCGGACUGAGAAACUAUGGCAGACGGGACAAGUCUAACAGCCGCUAUGACGUAUUCUGCUUCACAGCCAGCCUUACAGGACGCUUUUACUACCUGAUCCAGCCCAAGAAGCUGAACUUUGAUGAGGCUGUUGACGCAUGUAAGAGAGACGGAGCUGAGAUCGCAAAGGUGGGCCAUAUAUACGCUGCUUGGAAGUUGCAGGGAUACGACCGUUGUGAUGCCGGUUGGCUGGCCGACGGUAGCGUUCGCUACCCUAUCUCCAGGCCCAGGAAGAACUGCAGUCCCAACGAGCCUGCGGUUCGCUUUGUUGGCUUCCCCGACAAAAAGCAGAAGCUGUACGGAGUCUACUGCUACAAGCCUCAGCCGUGAAGCGUUUCACGUCACGUCACCAACCAAAGAGCUGCAAUACACAGGUUUCCACAUCCAAACUUAUGAAGGACUUUUUGCAUGAACUAGCCACAACUGUGACAAUUAUAGAAAGGAUACUGUCAAGACCAUUUUCAUACUGCAACAUGUUCAAUAUUAAUGUAACAGUUAUUUUAUCUAUCAUUUACAAUUUAUAUAGAUUUGUACACCAUAUGUAUGAGCAACAAUAAUAACGCAAAUUGCAUACAAGAAGGAUAUUCAGCUGGUAGGAAAGAUGAAGUCACAACAUUUUUGAUCAAAAACCCCAUUUAAAGUGUGAGUUUGUCAAGAAUCUCCAUUGUGAUAUUGCAAUAAAAUAUUUAAAUAUUAUUGAACAGUAUAAACCUGACAAAAAGUUUUUGAAACUUGCCCAAACAGAAAUGCAAAAUGGACCUUUUUUUUCCUAAAAUACUUUUGUGAUCUUACUCGAAUGCUAAUUUCUUUAAAACUAUGUAUUUUUUUGUAUUUCAUGUGUUGGUGUAUUAUCCAAUGCUCUGAACUGUGAUCUUUUAUGUGUUUGAAAUAUCAAAUGUAUGUGUUUGGUCUGUAGUUUAUGGAUAUACUUUAUAUUCAUCCUGUGUUUCAUUGUAACACUCAUUCCUCAUUUUAAAUAUGUAUUUUCUUAUUUUUAUUCAAAUUAAAAACCUGUUUAAAUGUUUUCCCUGCAUAGAUUUUGACAAGUAUUUCAUCACAGACAGCGACAGAUGUCUGUAAACAGAAUUUACACUUAGAUUUUUUAACGUUUCAAGACUAGCUUGAGCCUAGCUGCUUGAGUGUAGAUAUGAAUAAGUCUCAAAUGAAGAAUAUUGCAAUGCCACUGUUCUCUAAGAAAAGAGGACCAGCACCAAAAGCCAUGUACAAAAUCAUGUCUAAGGUUGAACAGUAACAUUGAAAUGAUCUGACAGGCAUAGUGUGGACGACUUCAGAUGAUGAGAUCUGUGAUGUAUGUAACAUCUGUUACUUGCCACUUUGUAUUGAUAUAUUGUUUAUGUGAGGGGGAAAAUAUUCUCCAUCUAUAACUCAGCUUUGAACUGCAGAAGCCACAGUGCACAUAAGUGACAUUUUGUUGAUUUUGUCUUCAUGCACAAAAUAUCUUUUCUUUUUUGAACAAUCAAAAUGCAUUGUACGGUUUAUGAAUCAAAUCAAAUUUUAAAUGAAACAAUAAAACCCAUAACAAAAAUGAAUGGCU